GUAUUUUUGUAUUGCUUUUUCCAGACAUGCAAGAUGCUGACGGAAGCUGAGAAGGAAGAGCAGCAGAAAAAGGAGGAUCUGGCCUGCACUGAUGGAGCUGCAUGGGUUGCUGAAGUGCAGGAAUGGGCAACCCGCGUAAGAACACGCCCUUUGAAGCUGCAGCAGGACAUAGAGGGCCGCUAUCUUAACCUUCGACAGAGGAAGCAAGCUCUGUACCGAAAGAAUGACAGUGGUCAGUUGCGUCAUCGUCUGCGGAGCGAGAUGACUGUUGUUAAGAACAGGCUUCUUAAAGACAUUGCCACCUUCAACAGUGCAUCGCCAACAACGACAAUCGACAUUGGAACCGUGGAGCGAUCAUUGUCAGGAGAUGGACCAGCUGUUUUUUGGCCUUGGGAUGUGCAGGGGAGUGUCAGACUUGAGGACAAGCAUGCCUACUUUGUGGCCUCGAUGCGCAGGAAGCGCUUGGAAGAAGAGAAAGGCAUCCUCGUGAAGGAGAUGGAACAGCACACUACAUCACUGAAAAGAUUGAUGUCUUGUCUAGAAGCAAAGAUGUCAUCGGCAGAGUCACAAAAUGAGGGCCUUUCUGCCUUCUGUCGAAGACGGCUUCAUGACCUGACAAUCGUCCAUCUUUCUGCUGUGGCAAGCUACAGGGCUGUUUUAAGCCCACAGGGGACCAAUAGGCCAUCUUGUGAGGAAGGGCAGGGAGAUGACGGGAAUGAGGACGAUGUACACAGCAGUGAUUUCUCAUACACCAGUGAUGAGGAAGAAACGGAGUGUAGUUCUUUAAUCUGAGACGGUUUGGAAUCAUCAAUCAUCAUUCCUUGACACCCGCAGCUGUCUCCUUUCUCCUGCUUUCUCCAACACACCAACAGCCUCUCUCUGUCCUGCUCUCCUCUGUCUCCUCCAUCCUGAUCUCCAGUGCA